UUCAGAUAAAUAGUUGAAGAGAUCGUAAAAACCAUUUUAAUAGGUACCUAUUUUCAAAAUGGUGGAUGUCUGACAAGGCUGGCAACCCCACAAACUUAAUUCUAGCUUUACACUUUUAUAUGAAGUCGGUUGUACGUUUUUUUUUUGUUAAAACAAUAUUAUAACCUUUUACGAACCGAAUCCUCAAAACAUUUUGUUACAAAUAAUUCCUCAGUUUGCGUCUAAUCUCGAAUAUGACUGGUGCCGUGUAGAAUGUACAAAUAUUUCUUAUUAAUAUUGUUUGUUUGUCCGUCGGUGCGGUGUUAUCUCGAUAAAAAGGAAGGGUCUAAAUGCACCUGGAAUGGCGUCAACGGAAUCUGUGUCGAUUUCUACAACUGCUGGAGCGCUCCGCAUCUCGUGAAAAAUGGGACAUACCCACCGCUUUGCACACUUGAAGGCGACGGUCCAAUUAUUUGCUGUACGGAUUGCUAUGCUGUUGAAGAUUUAAGGAAAGUUAAAUUCGACGAUAAUUUAGGAUUUCUUUAUUUCAAUGGGCCGAAAGCAAAAGACAAAUGUAUGAGCUACGUCCAUGCCUUACCGUAUCGCUGUAAGACGAAGUAUAAAGCUAAAUUAUCGAGAUAUAUGGAUCCGAUUUCAAACUGCUAUUCAAUCAGACAGUCCAAGUGUGAGAUUGAUACGCCCUUCGCUCCCACGCCAACUCGAAAAGAAAGUUAUAUGGCUCUCCUGGCGUAUUUAGAUGAAAUCGGUGAUGUGAAAUUGUCAUGUGCUGGUGCUAUAAUCAGUGAAAGAUUCGUUCUGACUGCCGGACAUUGUGUAUCAGACAGUGUAUUAGUACCAGUUAAGUACAUAGCCGUGGAUUUUAUGAAAACAGAUACUUAUGCCCCACUGUGGCAGAUGUAUACUGUUAUGAGGACUGUCCCUCACCCAGAUUACCAGCCUCCCUCCAAAUACCACGAUAUAGCGUUAGUGGAGACGAAUAAAAUAAUCAGCUUCAGUGAGUUUGUGUUACCGGCGUGUUUGUAUACGGAGACAUUUGAGCAAGAGACCGCUGAAACAAUCGUCUGGGGAUCAACAGCGGAAGACCAAGACAGCCUGACAACGACGACGCUUUCGCAACUGGACGACUUCGCUUGUUCAUUCUUGUAUCCAAACCAGAAAACACUUCCAAAUGGAUUUAACAAAACAAUACAAACUUGCUUUGGUAGUAUUAAUGAACCGAAAGAUUCUUGUCAGAGUAAGAGCGGGAGCCCCCUCAUGGCUUCAUACCACGCAGUCGGCUGUGCGCCCCUGGUCUACGGAGUAACAGCAUCCGACAGGGUCUGCGGGCCAGCUGGUAGCUCAGGACUAUAUACCAGGGUCAGCUAUUACGUACCCUGGAUUGAGAGCGUCGUGUGGCAUUAAAAGGCUUUUGAAUAAAAAAAACUGGUUA